AUGUGGGUCUUUUUGGUGUUCGCUGGAGCGCCCUUUCUCGUGGGUCUUUUCCCCGUCACUGCAGCUAUUCCCACCAUCUCAGCAAUCCACUCGAAGUUCUUUGAUAGCAAUGGGAACCAAUUCUUCAUCAAAGGAGUUAUAUAUCAGCCUGGAGGUAGCGCAAGUCUAACCGAUCCCUUGAUCAACACUGCGCAAUGCGCUCUCGAUGCGGCGCUCAUGAGCGAUCUCGGAGUCAACACGAUUAGUGUUUACUAUGCUGGAUCGGGGGACGACCAUACCGGGUGCAUGUCAGCCUUUGAAGAUGCUGGAAUUUAUGUUAUGGUUGGCCUUGCCUCGCCCUUGACUGGUAUCAACCGAACUUCUCCAGCAUGGACUACGAGCCAACUCAGCAGUUUUUCGGCAGUCAUGGACAACUUCGCCAGCUUCGACAACACGCUCGGGUUUUUUGUUGGAAAUGAAGUUGUCAAUGAUAUGACUGUCUCGGAUGUCGCUCCGUAUGUGAAGGCAGCUGCCCUCGAUCUCAAAAGUUACCGGGAUUCGAAAGGCUACCGCCAAAUUCCUGUUGGAUACUCUGGUGCUGCCUACCGAAAAUGGAUAUAUAUAAUUCCCAGAUCCAAUACAAUUCCCUUAUAUUUCGAAGCUAUUAUAGAUACAAAAAAGUUCUUUUAG